CAUAAAUUUUUACUUCAUACGUUGGUUCCAUUUUUUUAAUUUUACGUCUCCGUCACACCUUCUCCCUAUCCACUAAACACAGAUCCCAAACCUGACAAAAGCACAUUAGUAAAAAAUAAAGAAUCUUCCCUUUGUUUCCACGCAAUAAUUCCCUUAAAAUCCCUCUCUCUUUCUCUCACAUUGAAAGCUUCUUCUGCUUAACUCCACCAGUAAUAUUAUAUUCUCGUUUUCUCUGGUAGACUGGAAUAAACGAUGACUACCUUCUCCCAAUCCAAGUCCACCGGAGCAACCGGGUUUACGGAUUCUAAACCUACCCGGCCCGGCCCUGACAUGUACGAGAAUAUCCACGGCGACGAGUACAAAGAAGAUCAUAGCCCUACGAGCAUAGACUACUACGACGUAUCCACGCCGCUGAGCUCACACGGGUCAAGAUCCGGGUCUGGACAGUUCACGAUGCUCGACCUUCUGGCGGCGGUUCUGAGGAAGUCGCUGGUGAUGUCUUGUACCAUGGAGGGAGGUGGUGAUGACAUGGCUGCGUCUAUGGAUAUAGGUUGGCCGACGGAGGUUCAGCACGUGAGUCAUGUGACUUUCGACCGGUUUAAUGGUUUUCUCGGUCUUCCCUCUGAGCUCGAACCGGAGGUUCCUCCUCGAGCUCCAAGCGCCAGUGUGAGUGCCUUUGGAGUAUCAGCGAAGUCGAUGCAAUGCUCUUACGACAACAGAGGAAAUAGCGUCCCAACGAUCCUUCUCAGGAUGCAGAAACGUCUUUAUACCGAAGGAGGUCUUAAAGCUGAAGGAAUAUUCCGAAUAAAUCCAGACAAUGCCAAAGAAGAGUAUGUCCGAAAACAGCUAAACAGCGGUGUAGUACCACGUGGAAUCGAUGUUCAUUGCUUGGCUGGUCUAAUAAAGGCCUGGUUUAGGGAGCUACCAACAGGAGUGCUUGAUGUGUUGACACCAGAGCAAGUGAUGAAAUGUAACACAGAAGAAGACUGUAGUAGGCUCGUGACUCUUCUUCCUCCAGUUGAAUCUGCACUUCUAGACUGGGCCAUCGGUCUAAUGGCUGACGUGGUUGAGUAUGAACAGUUCAACAAAAUGAAUGCUCGCAAUGUAGCUAUGGUUUUCGCUCCAAACAUGACCCAAAUGGCAGAUCCUUUAACCGCAUUGAUACACGCAGUACAAGUGAUGAACUUUCUCAAGACUUUGAUCUUAACGAACCUCAAAGAGAGGGAAGAUGCAUAUGCGAAAUCGCGGGGGAUCAAUAAACAAACAUCAGAUCCAUCAGAAGAAUGGGGAUCACACGACUCUGAGAUAUUGGGCAACAAUAUCAAACCAAGCAACAACCCUAAGUUCUUGAGAGUGUCUACUCUUUGUAGGCUAGAGGCUGACAAUGAAGAAGAGUUUUGGAACAUUGAGAAGAGACACGAUCAUAAGGAUACAGCUGAAACCAUUGGGACUGUUCAGAGGCUGUCUAAGUUAAGCAAAUCGACAAAGAAACCUCUUGAAAGUAAUAAAGACGAAGGAAGAAGAGGACGAGAAGCUUGGGGCUCACGUCUCUCUUCUUUGCCUUGGUAAAUUUUACUUACCAUCCUUUUGUUUCCUCUUUUUUCUACUUUUGAGUGUGUAAAAAAAUAUUGUGAAUUAUGAUUAUAGGUGUUAGUUGUUUGGAAUAGGUAUAAUGUUUAU